AUGUUGGAGGGGGUGGUCGCCAACUUGCUUAACCGCUUCUUGGGCAUCUACGUCAAGAACUUCGACGCCACGCAGCUAAAUAUCGGUAUCUGGUCUGGCGAUGUGAAACUCCGCAACUUGGAACUGCGGCGAGAAGCCCUCGAUCAACUGCAUCUGCCCCUCAAUGUCGUCGAAGGCCACCUCGGCGAGCUCACCCUGUCGAUCCCCUGGUCCAACCUUAGAGGGAAGCCGGUCAGAGUCGAUAUCGAAGAUGUAUUCCUCCUCGCCGCCCCGAAGGAAGAUGCGGACUACGAUCCCGAGGAGGAAGAGCGGAGAGAACAGAAUUUGAAGAUGGAUAAAAUCGAUAGCGCGGAAAUCUUGAAGGAACGAAACUCGGAGGGCAUGAGCCAGGAAGAACAGCGCCGAAACCAAAGUUUCACGCAGAGUCUUAUCACGGCAGUCGUCGACAACCUUCAGAUCUCUAUUAAGAAUGUACACUUCCGUUACGAGGACUCGAUUGCAUCGCCUGGCCACCCGUUCGCCGUCGGUAUCACGCUGAAGGAACUUAGUGCAGUCAGCACCGAUUCCGAAUGGAACCCCACGUUCAUCCAGUCAACCUCGGAAACAACGCAUAAAUUGGCAAUCCUGGGUGCCCUUUCAGCCUACUGGAAUACGGAUGCAGAGCUUUUGGGUACAGGCCGAGGUUCAGACAUCGGCGCAGAAGCCCAGGGCACCAGCCACGCGGAACUGAUGGAGCGAUUGCGGUCGGGCAUUGACGAAGAGCAUAGUCAAUACAUGCUUCGCCCCGUGAGUGGCCGUGCUGGAUUGGAGUUGGAUAAAUCCGGACAGCAUGACCGGCCAGCCCUCAAGACCCGGUUGUUGUUUGACGAGCUUAGCUUCGUUUUGGAUGACAACCAGUACCGAGAUGCGCUGAUGCUUGUGGACCUUUUCCACUACUUUAUCCGGCAUCAGGAGUACAAGAAAUUCCAACCGAAGUCUAGCCCCAAGGAAGACCCUCGCGCUUGGUUCAGAUUUGCUGGCGAAGCUGUGCUUAGCAAGAUCCACGAUCGAAAUCGGCGUUGGACCUGGGAUUACAUCAAAGAACGAAGGGACGACCGAAUCGCGUACAUUGACCUCUUCAAGAAGAAAAAGCGCGAGGAGACUUUGUAUGGAGAAGACGCCGAAGAGUUUGAUAGGCUGCAGAGAAAGCUCAGCUAUGAGGAUAUCCGGUUCUGGAGAUCACUGGCAAGAAACCAACUUCGAAAGGAGAAUGUAGGCGUGAAAAAGCCUGCACGACAGCAGACCUGGGGGGAGUGGUUCUGGGGUAGUAAACAAGAAGAAUCCGAGGAGGCAUCGAUGACCGAAGAGCAACGCCAGGAGCUUUACAAUGCCAUUGACUGGGACGAGAAGAAAGCAAUUGCCGAGAGCGUCGAAGUUCCCCGGGAAUGGGUCAAAUUGCAGAUUAAUUCGGCUCUCAGAGCGGGAAGCUUUACUUUGAAACGUGAUCCCCAUGGGGCAGCAAAUGAAAUCAUGAAGCUGGUGUUUGAUAAUUUCCGUGCCAAGGCAUUGCAGCGGUCAGACUCCUUCUUUGUCGAUCUGGAUCUCGGAGGGCUGAGAGUUUACGACGGAACCACGGAAGGGAGUCUGUUCCCUCAGAUCGUGAAAGUGAAGGAUUCUCUCCCAGAGCCUAAGAAUCGCCUGUCGCAAAUCUCAGACAACGCGGAACUAGAUGCUGAAGUCGGUGACGACAUAGUUGAGGAUGAGGACAGCUUAUUCCACCUUCAGCUCGAGAAGAACCCCCUUGAAAGCGAUGCCGACUCCGUGGUCAAGGUCAAACUAAAGAGUAUCGAGGUCAUCUACAAUCCCAAAUUCUUGGUCGAGGUUGUCAAGUUCUUUGAGCCUCCAGAGCGACACAUGGAAUCUAUUGGAGCUCUUUUGGAUUCGGCAGGCGCGACUGUGGAGGGAAUCCGGCAGCAGACCCGAGCUGGCUUGGAGUUUGCCUUGGAGGAACACAAGAAAGUGGAUGCGCAGUUUGAUAUCCAUGCACCCUUGUUCAUUGUGCCCGAGAGCAUCACAAAAGAAAGCUCUUUAUGCUUGAUUCUCGACGCUGGUCAUGUGAGUGUCAACAGCGAGCUGGUCGACCGACAGACGAUGAGAGAUCUCCAGUCCAAACAAAAACGCCAGUAUGACGAAGGCGAUUACAAGGAGCUGGAGCAUCUUCUAUACGACAGAUUUUUGAUCAAGCUUGACUCGACACAAGUCCUCAUUGGCCCGGGCAUCGAGACCACCAAGUCACAGCUUAAUUCUAAUGUCGCGUCCAGUAACCUGCAUAUCAUCGAUCGUAUUAACGUGGAUUUUGUGCUGGAGAUGUGCAUCGUUCCGAAGGUUACAGAGCUCACCCGGACCAGAAUAUCCGGUCAUCUUCCCGAAUUGCACGCGUCAAUUUCCGAUACCAAGUAUAAGGGAUUGAUGAAGUUGAUCGAUAUCGCAAUUCCGCGAUUUUCUGAAACCGACUCCUCCGCACCGCCAUCGAAGAAGAAGAGCGAUGAGUCUACCUUCGCCGGCAACAGAGCAAGAUCCUCGUCAUUCAAACCGCCCAGCUUGAGGGAACUCCCUGUCGUUGACGAAGAUUCCGAUGACGAAUCAGAUCCCGAGCAAACAAAUCAGAGCGUUGAUAAGCCGACCAACAUUCAUCGCCGGGAUUUCGAAUUCAAGUUUACCGUUGGUCGUCUACGUGGUUCAUUGUUCCGCUCGGAUCCUAAUGAUCAGCUCCGUGAUCAUCUACUGGCCGAAUUGGUUGCUGAAGGAUUCGCAUUAGACUAUUAUAUGCGACCAUUUGAUAUGGUGGCAGAGAUAGUCCUUAAAUCUUUGAGCGUCGAUGAUCACAUUGAGGAUAAUCCCUUGCCCGAAUUCAAGAGGAUCAUCUCGUCGAAGGGAUUUGAUGCGGACGAGGAUAAAGAUCUGUUCUAUCUUAAAUUUGUCCGAGUCAAUCCAGAGUCUCCUGAAUUUGAGUCAACAUACGAGGGCGUCGCAAUGAAUCUUGAUGUUUCGGUCUCGACUAUCAACCUCGUCGUUACUAGAAGGACGCUCCUCACCCUCCUGGACUUCAUCCUUCUCACCUUCACAAAUCCAGAGCAAUCCAGCAACAACGGGAACCAACAGUCAGACCGAACUAUCCAGGGCACAGACGAUGAGGACCAAAAACCUCAGCAGUCUGGAAAGAUUCGCAUAAAAGCUGAUCUCAAGAGUAUUGCUCUCGUACUCAACAAUGACGGUGUCAGGCUUGCGACUCUGAGUCUCAACACUGCUGACGUAGGGAUAUUCCUUGUGGGCAAAACCAUGCUCAUACAAUCUCGAAUCGGAAGCUUGACCUUGGUGGAUGAUGUCAAUACCGGAGCGUCAGAGACGUCUGAUCUCCGGAGACUUCUGACCAUUGAGGGGGAUAAUUUCGCCGAUUUCAAAUAUGAGACUUUUGACCCGGAAAGUGCGAAUUACCCUGGUUAUGAUUCAGAGGUUUUCCUCCGAUCGGGCUCGAUCAAAAUCAAUUUCCUUGAAGAGCCAUACCGAAAGAUCAUCAACUUCCUGGUCAAAUUCGGGAAGAUGCAGGCUAUUUUCAAUGCUGCCCGACAGGCCGCAGCCAACCAAGCCAACCAACUCCAAGAAAAUGCAUCGCGGAUGCGUUUCGACGUUGUCGUCAUGACACCCAUUCUAGUCUUCCCAGGGGUCGUCAAGGAGGACCGCCCUCGUGACACAGUGACAGCCCACCUUGGUGAAAUAUACGUGAAGAAUACCUUUGUCCCCCUUGAGGAUGAAAAGGACAGUCCUGCCGUGAAUUUGAUUUCUUCUGGUAUCCGCAACAUCCGCCUGACGUCGAAAUUCCAUUUCGAUGAAGGUGCCGUGGAAGAACUUGAGAUGAUUCAGAAGGUCAACCUUGAGUUCAGUAUAUGCUACCUGGAGCACCAGCAAGACAACCCACGCCCUGAUAUGGAAAUCGAGGGCUCAAUGUCUCCCAUCAACCUUCGUAUCUCGCAGAGACAAUUGAAAUUCCUGAUGGCUUUGUCCAACACAGUGCCCGGUGCAUUCGCAACCGACACAGAGCAGCAAGAGCUCGAGGCCAUGCAAGCACUUCCUUCCUCAGUAACUGAGCCCACCAAGGAAGCAGAGUCCAGGGCGAUUCAAGAGAGACAGUCAUUGGAAGCGAGCAAUGUAGACGAGACCUGGGUCCGACUUGACAUGAUCUUCAAAGUAGAUAGUGUUGGAUUGGAGCUCAUCCUGUCCCAGGACGACGAGCCAGUUGGGCGCCUGGAGGAUGCUAGUUUGUCCAAAUUCUCAUUGAACGACACGCGAGUCAAACUGCGCAUGUUGACAGAUGGAUCAUUGGAGUCUGAGCUGUUGAUACAUUCCCUUUCUAUUCGUGACAGUCGCAAUGGGGACACCAAUAAAUUCCGGAAGAUCAUGUCAUUGAUAAACAAUGAUGUCCAGCAACAAUUUAUGGCCAGUGUGUCGAUGUCUGGAGGACCGGAGAAACAUCUGAUCGCCAUGUUGACCAUUGACAGCCCGCGCAUUAUACUUGCUCUGGAUUAUCUUUCUGCCCUGCAGUCCUUCACAAACUCUGCAUUCGCUUCAGAAGAGUCAGUGGAAGAAGAGGAUGGCAGCGAGACUACCGAAGAAUCAGAACCCAGAUCAAGCACGGCAGAAAGUAGGGAUGGCUCUGUUGGACCUGCAACCGGGGAGAAUGCUACUCCGGCUAGGCAGACUACCGUGUCAUUCAAGGUGAAUCUUGUUGACGCGCAGGUAAUAACGAUUGCCAACCCAGCCAUUACCCACACGGAGGCCAUAGUUCUUGGGACAAAGCAGGUGCUCUUCUCUCACCAGAAUGUCUCGACUUUGCAAAUCACCAAAGUUGGCAUGUUCUUGUGCCGCAUGGACAAGUUUGAGACUAGCAGGCUUCGAAUUCUGGACGAUUUUACUCUUGAAAUUACCAUGGAUAGUCGCCCUCAAGAAAAAGGCUCUGCUUUGACAUCCAUCAAUGUACACCUUGAGCCCCUGGUCCUUCGUCUCUCUCUUCGGGACAUUCUAAUGGCUAUGCAAAUCGUGAACAAGGCAUCUGAAAUGCGGGCCCAAAGAACAAAUGAGUUGGAAAGUGGCGAAGCAAAGCAAAUAACAGAUGGCAAGGCCGCAGGUACGAAGUCUUCCCGUAGGAAGUCUGUUGGUAAACAAUCCUCUUCCGCAGUUGUACCGAAGGAUCAUCGUGGGUCACGCGGUGCUCUUGAUCCCCAAGAUGGUCGACUGGCACCUGCACGAUCGGCUAUUCUCAAACGAGAGGAGAUGAAUGCUCAGAUCGACGGUAUCAGAGUCAUUCUCAUCGGCGAUCUCCAUGACCUCCCGCUGCUUGACUGGAGCGUGAAGAAAUUUGCAGUGGAUGUUCGUGACUGGUCGUCAACGCUGAACGCUGACACUAGCUUCGACACUUUUGUAAACGUCUAUAACUUCUCCAAGUCAGCCUGGGAGCCCCUCAUAGAGCCAUGGCAGCUCGGUUUCCAUGUAGCCAAGGAAGUCAACCCGGAAAUAUUUUCGGUCGAUCUCUACUCGCACAAAACGAUGGAGCUCACGGUUACAUCCGCCACAAUUGCACUGGCGUCCAAAUCUUUCCAGUUCCUUUCUACGGACGAGGAUGUUCUCUCGAAGCCAAGAGGAGCGGAUGCUCCUUAUAGAAUCCGGAAUCACACUGGCUUUGAUCUCCACGUCUGGGCUGAUGUUAAUGCUGACGAAGACGGACCGGCUGCUAAACUUACAGACGGGGAAGAAUAUCCUUGGAGAUUCGAGGAUUCAACUGCUAUGCGUGAGAACUUAGCACCAGAAGGCCACGCUGGACUUGUCGGCGUUAAACUGGAAGGAAGCGGGUUUGAGAGCAUAAGCCGGAUCCCCGUCGUUCGGGAGGGCGAGAUGCUAUACAACUUGAAACCCAGGAAGGAGAAUGUUCUCCAUCGACUUCUAGUCGAAGUCAAGCUCGGCACAGACAACGUGAAAUACAUCACCUUCCGGUCACCGCUGGUCGUCGAGAACAACACACAGAUUCCAGUCGAGUUAGGCAUCUUUAGUCCAAAUGACGGCCAUCUCCUGAAAAUCGAGAAGAUUCUGCCUGGCGAUGCUCGACCGGCGCCUGUUGGGGCAGCGUAUAUGCACUCACUUGUUGUGCGACCUGAUCAAGGCUUUGGUUAUGACUGGUCCAAUGAACAGUUGCAUUGGAAAGAUCUCAUACGCCGGCCCACUCGGACAAUCAAGUGCGUCAGCGAGAGUGGACAACAAGCCCCGCCGUUCUACUUCCAGAUGAAUGCUACAUACAAUGCCCGGGACUCCCUAGCAGGCCACUAUCCUUACAUGCGGAUUCGAAUUUUUGCCCCCGUUGAAAUUCAAAACCUCCUUCCCUACGAUUUCAAGUACCGCAUCUAUGACAAGAACACGAGAAAGGACUGGACCAACUUCUUGCGAAAGGGAGGCGUCAGCCCCGUACAUGUCGUCGAGCUAUCUCACUUGCUUCUUCUCAGCAUUGAUAUGCAAGAUACUGUCUUCAAACAGAGUGAUUUUGCCAUCAUCAACGGAAACGCGCAGGAUUUUAGGAGAGAACACGUGCUCUCUCUGAAGGAUGAGAGAGGCAUCCAGCUAAAACUGAAGCUACAUUACUACAAUGUGCCCGAGAGUGGAGGCGCAUUCAAGGUGUCGAUCUACAGUCCAUACCUCAUUCUGAACAAGACAGGUCUUCCGAUGGAGAUACAGAGCAAGGCUUUCUUGCAGUCUGCUCGGUCAGCAGCCGGACAAGGUCUGAGGGCUGAUCCCAGGACCGGCGGUCGUGCCCUUCCGUACAUGUACUCCUACCCAACCGGUGACACCAAAAACCGAUCUAUGUUGAGGAUAGGCGAAUCUGCUUGGAGCAAGCCUCAAAGUUUCGAAGCUAUCGGAAGUACAUUUGAGGUCGUUCUCCCAGACCGGAAUGGCAGAUCUGAAUUCCACUCAGGUGUGUCUGUCGCCGAAGGUGAAGGUAAAUACAAGAUGACCAAGGUCGUUACCAUCACGCCUCGUUUUAUUCUGAAGAACAAACUUAACGAAGAAUUACUGGUUCGAGAGCCUGGUUCUUCCAACGUCCUCAGCAUUAAAGCAGGCGAUCUUAUUCCCCUUCACUUUUUGCGUCAGGUCGCAGAGAAACAGCUUUGUCUUUGCUUCCCAGGAGUCAACAACCAGUGGUCGUCACCUUUCAACAUCGCAGACAUAGGAACUGUGCACGUGAAGCUUGCGAAAACAAACCAACGCCAAAGACUGAUUAAGGUUGACACCAUUAUGGAGAAUGCAACCCUCUUCAUUGGUUUCAGUUUUGAAAAUCGCAACUGGCCGUUCUCAAUGCGAAAUGAGAGUGACAUGGAAUUCAUCUUCUUCCAAGCGAACCCCAACAUUGAAGAUGAUGAAGUUGACAGGACGAGUGACUGGCGGCCAAUCCGUUACCGUCUUCCUCCGCGCAGUAUUAUGCCCUAUGCGUGGGAUUACCCAGCUACAAAGAACAAAACUCUUGUGUUGACCGGCAAGGGCAAAGAACGACGUAUCAAGCUCGCGGAGAUUGGCAAUUUGAUUCCGAUGAGGAUUCCUCCCACCCAGCAUGGGGAAACUCAGAAGAUCAUUGAUAUCAAUAUUACUGCCGAGGGUCCCACCCAAACUUUGGUCUUGUCCAAUUUCAAGCCUUCGAAGAGUAUGUAUCGGCAGCAGAGGGGACAGGCUUCUCAGUCCAGUUUAAGCACCGGGUUUGAGGUUAAAGAACUGGACUCUGAUGUCAAUUUCAAAGCUCAGCUCCGUCUCGGAGGAAUUGGCAUAUCGUUGAUCAACCAAAAUCUGAAAGAGCUGCUGUAUAUGACCUUCCGCGACAUUGAGAUCAAGUACAGGGAAUCGCGACUUUACCAGACUUUGAACACGACCAUAAAGUGGAUCCAAAUCGACAAUCAGCUCUAUGGAGGUAUCUUCCCAAUCUUGUUGUACCCCAGUGUGGUCCCAAAGACCGGCAAGGAGAUGGAGGCACACCCGAUCUUCCAUGCCAUGGUUACACGCGUGAAGGACGAUUCUUACGGUGUGCUUUACAUCAAAUAUGCCACGAUACUGCUGCAGCAGAUGACAUUAGAACUGGAUGAAGACUUCGUCUUUGCUAUGCUCGAUUUCGCGAAGGUCCCUGGUGCCUCGUGGUCCGAAGAACACGAGGGUCAGCUUUGUGACGAGAAUCUCCAAAUCCCGGAGCCGACUGGCGAAGGUGCUGGCCAGGAUGUGUAUUUUGAGCUGCUACAUUUGCAGCCAAUGCAGGUCGACAUCUCCUUUAUGCGGACCGAGCGCAUCAAUGCCGAAGACACAAUGCAGCCCUCCAAUCCCCUGAUGUUCUUCGUCAAUGUCAUGACCAUGUCAAUGGGCAAUGUCAACGACGCACCCGUCCGACUCAAUGCCCUGAUGCUGGAAAAUGCUCGCGUCUCUCUUGGUGUGCUUGUGAGCAAUAUUCAAAGACACUAUACCCAAGAAUUCCUCCGUCAAGUCCAUAUUGUUCUUGGAUCUGCUGAUUUCCUCGGUAACCCGGUCGGUCUGUUCAACAAUGUCAGUUCCGGAGUUGCUGCAAUCUUCUAUGAACCGUACCAGGGAUUGGUCAUGACCGACAGACCUCAAGAGCUUGGCAUCGGGAUUGCCAAAGGAGCUACAAGUUUUGUGAAGAAAUCGGUCUUUGGUUUCUCGGACAGUAUGGCCAAGCUUACUGGAAGUAUGUCGAAGGGUCUUGCUGCCGCCACUCUGGACAAGGAGUUCCAAGACCAACGACGGAUGUCGAAAUCUCGAAACCGACCCAAGCAUGCACUCUAUGGUAUCACCGCGGGUGGCAAUGCAUUUGCGAACAGCUUGGCGAGUGGUAUCGGAGGUCUCGCACGUCAUCCGCUCCAAGGCGCCGAAAAAGAAGGUCUUCAAGGAUUUUUCAAGGGUGUUGGAAAGGGUGUCUUAGGCUUGGCCACAAAACCUGCGAUUGGCGCCUUUGAUUUAGCCUCAAAUCUGGCUGAGGGUGUCCGCAAUACCACGACUGUGUUUGACGCGGAGGGACUCGACCGCGUUCGUCUGACGCGAUUCAUCGGAACAGAUGGUAUAGUACGCCCAUAUUCACAGCGCGAAGCAUUGGGUCAGUUCUGGCUCAAGACCUCGGACGAUGGGCUGUACUUCAACGAGGAUUAUAUCGCCCAUUUGGAACUUCCUAGCAGAGACAUGCUGGUCAUGUUGACGUACGACCGCAUAAUGCUUGUGCGGUCCAAGAAGCUCAAGACCGAAUGGGACAUUCGUUUGACCGAUAUCCAAACCAUCUCGAAGGAGCGCACCGGUAUGAGUAUCAUUCUCAAGGGAGGUGCCAAUGGGCCUUUCAUCCCAGUUCAGGAAGAAAGUGCCCGAAAUUGGCUGUACAGACAAAUUGCUGUUGCCGUCAAUGCAUUCAACGAGAAGCACAACAAUAUCGCUCGGACCAGUUAA